AUGUCAGACCCAGUGUCAUGGGCGAAGCCAAUGAUAACGUGCACGCAUAAAUUCCAGAUUAAUCUUUACAAAGUGGAACCAAACGUAAAAUCACCGCAGCGGUUUCCUGCCGGUUUAAAUAACAUCAAAUAUAACUUUACACUGUAUGGAGGAAAGACAGUUUCAUGUACCAUCUUAGUCUAUGUUCGUUCUUGUAAUUCCAGUGAAAAAGAAGAAAUAGCUGAGAGAAAUGGCAAUAAAAGAGACUGUAAAAAAGAUAUCCUUGUCUUCUGGGAUAUUUCGAAUUAUGUUAACUCUGCGUACAUCGAUGUUCUGAAAGAAUUUCUGAAGAAAUUUAUCAAAAGUGAAAAGCUGCGCGUGGAAGAACAAGGCACUCAUCUUGGUUUCGCUUCCUUCUCAAGCGACAACAGAACUAGAGAAUUAUUGGAGGUUGGCGAAAUUAAGAACAAAACAUUGUUGAUGCAGUGGCUGGAUAGAAUUGACUUUGAAAAUAAUCCGAGCGUCAAUACGGCGUUCAAAAAUAUGGCAAAAAAUCCGUUUAACGAGACAAGUCCUAAAAAUUUCCAUCCGGACGUAGAAGACGUUAUUUUGUUGUUAACCAGCAGCGCACAUGAAUCUUCAGAAAAUCGAACGAGGUCAAAAAGUUGA